AUGGAGGGGUUCCAGCGGCAGGUAAAGCAUCCACCAUGGACGACAGAGGCUCACCACCUUCGACUUCUUCACAACGCGUGCAGCGCCCCCGCUGCCCUUAAGCGGUUCCCUCGCAAUGCAGCGACCGCAAAUGCAGUCGCUGCUGAGGGCUGCAAAAAAACUCCCCCCUCAUGCAACAGGAUGAUCAUUCCCAUUUUCCAGGGACCCUCUCGGAUCGUGGCGUCUGGCUUCUGCGAGCGCGCUCAUCCCGAACGGAUCUCAUCACAGCAACAGCCACUACGGAGCGAGAUGCUGCAGUCAACAGCUAGCUCCCGUAGUCAUGGAUCCCAGCUUUUCCCUCUCCUCACCAGGUCAUGCUCCUCUCCGGAAGUUAACGUGAAGGGCCAAUCAGGCGCGCCUUGUUGUGAUGUGGGACGGGGCUCGUUGCCACCUGUCAAGCAGUCAAAACCAAAGAUCACAACAGGAAAUGUAACUCCUUCUUUCUUUGGAGGCCAAAUCGCUCCACUGCCUCUCUUUGACUCCCGAGCUGCAGCAGCAACUGCUGCCUCGUGCUGUACGCAUGCAGCAACAGCAGACGCUGCCAGCCCGAGGAGGUGGGGCGGGACGACCCUUGUUAGCAACAUCAGUAAGAGGAGUUAUAAAGCUCAAAAUGCUCAUGAAAUCAAUAGACUAUCAAUUCAGCGGCUAAAAGGGAACUUGCAAAAGAAAUGCAAAUUAGGGCCGCUUUGCCCGUGGCAGACAGAUGUGAACUCAACAGGGGAGUACAAGACCGCAGCCGACGCAGCAAGGGGUAGAGAAAACUACUGUGCUUCAACAGCUGCCAUACGUUCCUUACCUGCAGAGGACGAAAAGCCUGCUUCCGUUGCAGCGACACACUUACUGUCUGUUGACAACAACCUUGAGAGAUUCGAAGGAAUGAUUGGCCCGAUUGUUAAGCUUCUAGUGGCCAAGAGUGUUGAGCAGGCUGUUGAGGAGGCAAAGCAGGAGCAACAACUGUUUUCGCUUCACAAGCGAAGGCAAGAACUGUUGCAACAUCAACAGCAGCAGUUGCUUGAGUUGGAGGAGCGCGAAGCACGCAGGCACUUGCAGGCGCAACAAGCUGUACAAAACCAACGCAUUGUGAGGGAACGUGAAACUCAGCUCUGGCGUCAUUUGUGGGUAGCUCACAUCGGCACAACUCUUCUAGACGAAGACUCUUUUGGAAAAGUCGUGGACCAGUUGGAUGAGGAGAGUUUGUUCUUAUCAUCAGCUGACCUCGUUCCAGACGAGUUCCUGGCAGAAGUCUUCAAGGCAGCUUCUGCGGAGCUCAAGAAACGGAAGGUGAGGAGAGGCGCGGCCCUAAAAGUUUAA